UGCUGACCUCUGACAGACGCUCAUGAAUCCGCUCCCUCCCUUCACAAACACGGAAGCAGCAUGGCGUCCAACAGCAGCGGCGGCGACUCCGACAGGCAACGAAUUGCACAGCAAAGACUGAGGAUAAUUGCCGGGCAUUUACAGAGACCGGAGGACGGUGACUCGACCAUCCUAGCCGCGGAGUGCAAAGCCCAAGGGGGCAAGACAUGUGUCUCCAGUGAGGUGAAGACUAUGCCGAGGAGGAGGCAGGAAAUUAUGAAAUGGAAUGGCUGGGGAUACAGCGAUUCAAGAUUCUUCUUCAAUAAGAAAGGCCAAGCAGAAUUUACUGGCAAAAGGUAUAGACUGAGUGGCCUGAUCAUCCCUGGUCUGAAAGACUGGUUUGAGGGUACCUUUGGAGCCAAUCUGCAGCAUAAAACUCCUGCAGCACCCAUCAUGACCAGCAGUGCUGUACAGCCUCCCACUCUUAACGAGGCCUUCGUGGAGGAACUGAAAUCCACAGGUAUCCCCAUGUCUCAUGAGUCAGAGGACCGGUUGUUUCGAGCCCAUGGCCACUGCUUACAUGAGAUCUUUGCUCUACGGGAAGGGAAAUUUGGCCGCGUUCCGGAUAUGGUGGUGUGGCCAAACUGCCACAAUGAUGUUGUGAAAAUUGUGGAGCUGGCGUGCAAACAUAAUGUUUGUUUGAUACCUUAUGGAGGAGGGACAAGCGUCUCCAGUGCCCUGGAGUGCCCCCCAGAGGAAAGCCGCUCCAUUGUCUCCCUGGAUACCUCACAGAUGAACCACAUUCUGUGGAUUGACGAGAAAAAUUUAACUGCCCAUGUGGAAGCUGGCAUCAUCGGUCAGGAAUUAGAGAGACUGCUUAAGGAGAGUGGCUACUGUACAGGGCAUGAGCCUGACUCCAUGGAGUUCAGCUCCCUCGGGGGAUGGGUAGCAACCAGAGCAUCCGGAAUGAAGAAGAACAUCUACGGCAACAUCGAGGACCUGGUAGUCCACGUAAAGAUGGUGACCCCACGAGGGGUGAUUGAAAAGAGCUGCCAGGGCCCACGCAUGUCCACGGGGCCGGACAUUCACCACUUCAUCAUGGGCUCAGAAGGAACCCUGGGUGUGGUUACUGAAGUAACAGUCAAGAUUCGUCCCAUGCCGGAGUAUCAGAAAUACGGCUCAGUGGUCUUCCCUAAUUUUGAGCAGGGAGUUGCCUGUCUUAGAGAGGUUGCCAAACAGAGGUGUGCCCCGGCGUCUAUACGACUCAUGGAUAACGAACAGUUUAAAUUCGGUCAUGCCCUGAAGCCUCAAGUAUCUUCAAUUUUCACAUCUUUCUUGGAUGGUUUAAAGAAAUUUUACAUCACCAAGUUCAAAGGGUUUGACCCCAACCACUUGUGUGUGGCCACACUACUGUUUGAGGGAGACCGUGAGAAGGUCCUGCAGCACGAGAAGCAAGUUUAUGACAUCGCCGCAAAAUUUGGGGGCCUGGCAGCUGGAGAGGACAAUGGGCAGAGGGGCUACAUGUUGACCUUCGUCAUUGCUUACCUCCGGGACUUGGGGAUGGACUACUAUGUGAUCGGGGAGUCCUUUGAAACCUCUGUGCCUUGGGACAGGGUGUUGGACAUUUGCCGGAACGUAAAGGCACGCAUCAUUCAAGAGUGUAAAGACAAAGGAGUGCAGUUUCCACCGUUAUCCACGUGCAGGGUGACUCAGACGUACGACGCUGGCGCAUGUGUCUACUUUUACUUUGCCUUCAACUACAGGGGACUCAGUGAUCCAGUACACGUGUAUGAACAAGUGGAGCAUGCAGCUAGAGAAGAGAUCCUUGCCAAUGGAGGGAGCUUGUCACAUCACCAUGGAGUGGGGAAACUUCGGAAGGAGUGGAUGAGAGAAACCGUCUCCGAUGUCGGCCUGGGGAUGCUCAAGUCUGUCAAGGACUUCGUGGACCCCAAUAACAUUUUUGGCAACAGGAACCUCCUCUAAUUUCCCACUCCUGUCCAUCAUUAUCUCACCUUUUUCUAAAAGCAUCUUGUGCAUUUUGGAUUAAUAGAUACUAAAUGUAAAUUUAAAAUGCAGAGAGAUCAUUCUCAUCUUAAGUGUCAUUCGGUGCCAUUUAUAAAUUCACCCAAACCUUUUCUUUUACAUUAAUUUGCACUUAACAUGCUGUAACCGCCAUCAUCGUUCACAGUAAAGCUCGUUUCUUGCUGUUGAGUCGCGUCCUCGGCUUGUUGUUGGAGCUACAGCAACGAUGCAGCCUGACGCGAUGCAACAAAACCAUGACUUUGUUUCAUUGUUUAACCAGUUCCCAAAUAUCCUUGCCAACAUAGUUAAUUCAUCUGUUUUUACUUUCCUUUUGUGUGUUUGUGGCACUUCUUUAGUGGUAAGUUCGAGAUGAAUUCGCUUUCUAAAGCUCUGUGCCUUUCUAAAGCUUUUGUCUGUUACCUGUACCUUCUACUGCACACCACUGGUUUGCAGUUAGUCCCUCUAUGAAGCAAAAUUAAGUUGGACAUGAUGUUUUCUGUGUUUCAAUGUCGAUGUCUCCCCCCCAUGCCUUGUACUGACCUAUUGCCUUUGCCACUUUUUCUGGACUGUAUGUGUGUGCCUCUGCCAACAAACACUAACACCCCCCCCACAAACACACACCCCCCCCACACACACACACACACACACCUUUCCUACAUUAUAAUUACAAAGAGAGAGAUUCCUUGUGUUCCUUGUGUGUUUAGUUGUUUUUUUUGUUUUUUUUUUUUUUGGACUGAAAGCAUUUUACCUUGCAUGGUUUGUUACUGAGAAAGUGAAGUAGGAGGGGGAAAAAAGCCAUUGUGUUUUUUCAGUCUUGCCUGCUUCAGUGAGACUGCGUUUGCAAUUUAAGGCCUCUGGAUCCUGGUGCUUACCUCGUACCAAAGAAUCGACGCAUCAGAUCAUGCAGACGUAAUGUAAACAUGUUUGACCGUGUGACCACCUAACCUUCACGAAAUCUUAAUAACUUCAUGCACAGCUCAACUGUAUUUUUUUUUUUAAUCAGCAUAUGCAAAAAUUACCCUUCUGAGAGGUAUUAAUUGUAGAUAUUUAGAAUUGUUACAUGUGCUCAAAUUCUGUUCAUCUAAUUAUUUCUGCUCCUUAUAAUUGGUGUUGCCCAGUAAUUCCUCCUGAAAUAAUGCCUUGUUAGUGUUUCUGUAAUGUGUGAAGGUUUUUGGAGCGGUUACUUUAGAGUACAUUUUGAUACCAAACUUGUACCAUUUGUUACUCUUUACAAUUUGGAGCAAAGCAAAGCUUUAAGAGAGCUCUUUGCUGAAGAUAUCUGCCCUCUUUUUCCUUCUGAUCUGUGCUUCACAUGUGCUUUUCCCAUCAUGUCCCUUUAAUUCAUUAUAUUUCCCCAAAUAAAAUUUUUCAUUACGUACCCGUCAUCUGAUGUUUUUAACCCCUUGUCAAAACCGUGCAAGAGCUUUUGAAUGUUAAGGGUGUACCUUUUUGUUAUUUUCCAUUUCUCUUAACAAUGUAGUAACAUCCAAGUACAUUUUGUCAAUGCUUUUUGUGCAAUAAAUAGAACUAAAACAUC